AUGUGGCAAGGUAAAUAAAUCAGCACAUGAAAUUGGGAGGAACCCAGCCAAACCCUUCCUGCACUAUAAAUGUUCACCAGGUUUUGUCAUGUAAGUCACCACCUUGCUACAAUAUCCUUGUAGGAAACGUAUGUAUGUAUGUAUGUAUGUAUGUAUGUAUUAUACUUAUUAAAUUUCUUAGUUUCUUUAUCUUGCCCAAGAGAACCCAAAGUACCGGUAACUUACAACCAAAUUAUGUACAAAUACAGUCAUGCUAGAUGAAAUACGGUACUUGUUUUCUCAGCAUUAGUACUAGUGAUUAAUCAGUCAAAUAAAGCCUUGACACAGUACGCAGUACAGUUUAGUUUGGAUAGACCGCUGAAGGUGCUUGUUUUCUGAUUAAUGCUAAGACUAACAAGACAUAAAGCAGCCCAUCAAAAACGAACAUAAGUUUUGUUUUUUCAGUAUUUCAUUGGUGUAUAUUAGAUAAGCAUGUCCUGUAUGAUCACAAUAGCAAGAAAUACUUGCCUUGCAGACAGUAAAUUGGACCAGUGCCCCAACUCUCUUACGCCUCAGGAAAAAGAGCUAUUCUUGGUUGAUGCUGGAUAUUUCAUCAAUACCAGUUGCCCUCCAUUGAUAAGAAAGGAAAGGAAUGUGGAUGUUAUCUUAUCACUCGACUACAACCUGUUGGAGACCAGGUUUAAUGUAAGAUUAUUCUUAUUUUAUCUUUGGACUAGAGAAUGUUUUGGGGCAUACAAAUUGUUCAUAAAGAAAUCCUUAUUCCUGUAUGCUAGCCUAAGAGGGUUAGAUUAAAUAUUAAGCUAAGCAUGCUGUAGAGUAGCUCCCAAGUUAAACAUGGAAGUCUUCCUGUGAUCCAAUUAUAAAGUGAGUUUCAUUCUGUAUAUGGUGAUGCGAGUUGCAUGAAACCAGUUUCUGCGUUUAAACAUAGGAAGCUGCCUUAUACUGAGUCAGGCCAUUGGUUCAUCUAGCUCAUAGGUAGGCAGACUAAGGCCCGGGGGCCAGAUCCGGCCCAAUCGCCUUAUAAAUCCGGCCUGUGGACGGACCGGGAAUCAGCAUGUUUUUACAUGAGUAGAAUGUGUGCUUUUAUUUAAAAUGCAUCUCUGGGUUAUUUGUGGGGCAUAGGAAUUCAUUCAUUUCCCCCCAAAAUAUAGUCUGGCCCCCCACAAGGUCUGAGGGACAGUGGACCGGCCCCCUGCUGAAAAAGUUUGCUGACCUCUGAUCUAGCUCAAUAUUGUCUUCACUGACUUUCAGACUGGGAUCUUCCCCAGCCCUACCCAGGGACGUCAAGGAUGGAAUCUGGGAUCUGCAUGCAAAGCAGAUCCUCUGCCAAUGACCUACAACAUAUAAGCACCUAUAUAAUGUGCAUCCAUCCAUAGGGAGUUCAUGUCAGCACCAUGGAUUCCUAGAUGUACCUGACUGAGAAGGGGGGAAAUGGUCUGUUUUUCUUCCUGCAUUUUGUUCUCUCUAAAUGACUAAAUUUACCUGAACAGCAAAGCAGUCGCUUUCUCCUCUAUAGCUUUAGUUAGGUUUGACAAUAGUAGAUGAGGACUGUUGGGGGGAAAAUGGCCUUAGUUUUGCUAUUUAAACUCUAGUUUUCCUCUUUGUUCUGCAGUCUAUAGAACAGAUGGGCAACUACUGUUUGGACCAGGAUAUUCCUUUUCCUGAAAUUGCACUGACUGAAGAAGACAGGGAGAAUCCAAAGGAAUGCUACAUUUUUGAGGACAAAGAGAACCCAGAAGCUCCAAUCAUACUUCACUUCCCACUAGUGAACAACUCUUUUAGGGAGUAUAAAAAACCUGGUUAGUAUUGAACUUUUCAGUCACGUUCUAUGAGACUGGGGACCAAGUAGCAAAGAAGCCACUGCCUAACCAUAAAAUUGUAGAGUUGGAAGGGACCCUGAGGAUCAUCUAGUCCAACCCCCCACAAUGCAGGGAUUAAUAUGCAGCUGUCCCAUAUGGGGAUCAAACCUUCAACCUUGUCAUUGUUAGCACCAUGCUCCAACCAAAUGAGCUACCCAGGCCCUCUUGCUAAGUGGUGUAGGAACAGUAUUUCCAAAGGACAGGACAUUCAUCACUGCCUCCCACAAGGCCUGUACCUGUCAAUACCACACAAGAGCUUCAAGCAAUCCUUUCCCUCUCUGAUGUUCCCCCAGCUUUUCCUUGAGGAUUCUUGCCACAAUAACUGUUUUCAAGUCAGAGUGUUAGCAGCUUGUCUCCAUUGUUAUAUUACAAACAGGGAAAAGAGAAGGACAAAUAUACUGGUCUUUAAAUGGAAGAAUUUGAUAGCCCAAACAGAGAAUUUAAGUAUACUUAAGGCUACAGAAGUCCAUGGGGUUCAGCAUGCUAAAAACAUUCUGUUAGAUUGCAGCCAGUGCCUUUUCACAUGUCAGACUUAAACCAUAGCUCUACAAGUGGGAACAUUCUAUAGUCCCUUUUUUGUUUGGCACGUAGUCCUUUUCAAAUCUACCUUCAGGUAGCAUAUAUAAGAAACAGGUCUGUCAAUUUUGAACUGUGUGAUCAGACAGUCAAUAAAAUAACAAGCUGGGCUCUCACAUGUAAAAAAGAGAAUACAUUAGGUUAUGUGCCACAGUGUGCAAACAUGUAACGAUUAGUCCUGUAAGAUGUGCUGCAAGCCUUGCAUCACAAUCCUAUGCAUGUCUACUCAGAAGUAAGCCCCACUGAGUUCAAUAGGGCUUACUCUGUGGUAAGUGUGUAGAGUGUUACAGCCUGGGUAAGUGUGUACAGGAUUAUAGGGAGACUUAAUUCCAAGUAAACAUGCAUAGAUUGCACUGCUGCUGUUAUAAAUAAAGUCACUGACAACCCAAAAGCACAUAUAGCCCAUUAAACUAUUUUAUCCUUCACCCCACCUCUCUGAUGAAAUGGCAACCAAGAGAGAAAAACAUGUUUUUGUGUGCAUCCAUGAGAGAGAGUCCAUGUUUGGUCAUGCAUUUGGAAUGACCAAAAUAUGGCCAACUUGUGCUCUGUGACUGCAAAGUUUUUAUUGCUAGAUUGUGCUGAAUAUAUUAUAUGUAAUAGCCUCCAGGUUGUGUUCUGUUAUAGACAGACAGCUAUCUGGAGAAUAGAGUGACUCUCAACAAUACAGAAUUUGGGCAUCCUCGUCACAGAGGUAUACUAUUUUACAGACACAGUGUUAACCCAAUCUCUUCCUCUCCCCCCCCCCCCAUACUAUCCGUUUUUGGCAACCUUUGUGCAGGAAUUAGGCGAACUUCUGCAGACACGGCUAAGGGAGAGGUGGAUUUUACUAGUUUAAACUCACCAUACAGAAUGACAAGUUUGACUUACACCGAGGAGGAAUUCAACAAACUUAUAAACCUGAGUGACUAUAACAUUCAAAAUAACAGGGAACUGAUUUUGCAAGCUCUGCAGACAGCAGUAGAAAGGAGAAAAGCCAGCAGGAAACAAAAACAACUGCAAUCAACAUGA